UACACUUUCUUGUUAUACCCAAAAAACAAAUACCAAUGCUUGGAGAUGCAGAGGAUAAUGAUAAGGAGCUUUUGGGUUACCUUCUGCUAAAAGCACGCAAACUUGGAAAUGAACGGAUGAAAAAUGGAUACAGAAUUGGCUAAAUCUGAUCAGUUGUAGAUACCAAAUAUGUUGUCACUAAUUUUCCUUCAGUUGAACUAGACACCUUGUCCAGUAUUAGAAAAGCAAUAAGGCAAAUUGCUUUUACUGACUUUCUUCUGCAAACACAUAUAGAUGUACACAAUGAAGUUACUGAAAAAAUGAACACAGUAAGUUACUUUUGUGCUUCCACUUGAUGAACACAUAAGUUAGUCACAUUACACAAUCAUGCUUUCUUUGUUUUGCACCUCAGCAACCGUAAAAUCUUGUUAUAACAUCAUGAAUGAGUUUUUUUUUUAAAUCAUGCAAAACAUCUUGAAAUACUGUUCCAUUAUCAUUGAUUGUUAUUAAUCUUGUGUGGUCAGUUUUUACAGUGGUAUUAAUAUGUCUAACUUUAACUUUGAAGUUAUAUCCUAACAGCUGUGCCACUUAUCACGAGUUUAAACAGAGAAGCUCUUCAUACUGAGUGGCAUUACAUUAAAGGAUGCACCAGAAGUAACAUGUUUUCAUUCCUCAGAGUCAGUGCAAAACUGUAUUCUCUCCUCUGCUGCAUAUCAUUUUCUAUAUGUCCCUCACUCGUUCUACAUGUCAUGAAUGAGCAACCAUGAUUGUACUUGCCAAGUCACAUCCUGAACAGAUUUGUGAGUUACAGUAACAGUAUAUGUUGAAAAUGUAAAUAUUUUAAGAUAGAGUAAACAAAUACAAAUCAUACAAAAAAUUAUUAUAGUUGCAACACUGACUCUGUGUAACUGCAGUAUAACUUCCCUAUUUUUUGCCCUUUUGAAUGUCUUUCUCUUCUCUAGAAUUAACCAUUUUCAAUCACCAACCAGCUGGUGUGUAUCUAGCAGCCUCAAGACAGCCAGCAACUUUUUAAUCUUUUGAUUUAUAAUCGUAGUCUCCACAUAUCUCUUCUCUGCAAGCAGUGCAUUUAAUUUAUUCCCAUUUUAUGUGAAUGUCAAAUUGAAUAUUUGUUUAUAUCUAAAAACAAAGAUGAUGUAACUUACCAAAUGAAAGCAUUGGUAUGUUGAUAGAGCCUUCUUGGUUACCCAGGCCUGCCAACCCAAAGUUUGGUACAGAUUUAUUGACGACAUCUUCAUGAUCUGGACUCACAGUGAAGAAGAACUCCAGAAUUUCCUCUCCAACCUCAACUCCUUUGGUUCCAUCAGAUUCACCUGGUCCUACUCCAAAUCCCAUGCGACUUUCCUUGACGUUGACCUCCAUCUGUCCAAUGGCCAGCUUCAUACAUCCGUCCACAUCAAACCCACCAACAAGCAACAGUACCUCCAUUAUGACAGCUGCCACCCAUUCCAUAUCAAACGGUCCCUUUCCUACAGCCUAGGUCUUUGUGGCAAACGAAUCUGCUCCAAUCCUGAAUCCCUGAACCAUUACACCAACAACCUGAAAACAGCUUUUACAUCCCGCAACUACCCUCCCGACCUGGUACAGAAGCAAAUAGCCAGAGCCACUUCCUCAUCCCCUCAAACCCAGAACCUCCCGCAGAAGAACCCCAAAAGUGCCCCACUUGUGACAGGAUACUUUCCGGGACUGGAUCAGACUCUGAAUGUGGCUCUCCAGCAGGGAUACGACUUCCUCAAAUCCUGCCCUGAAAUGAGAUCUAUCCUUCAUGAAAUCCUCCCCACUCCACCAAUAGUGUCUUUCCGCCGUCCACCUAACCUUCGUAACCUCUUAGUUCAUCCCUAUGAAAUCCCCAAACCUUCUUCCCUACCCUCUGGCUCCUACCCUUGUAACCGCCCCCGGUGUAAAACCUGUCCCAUGCAGCCUCCCACCACCACCUACUCCAGUCCUGUAACCCGGAAGGUGUACACGAUCAAAGGCAGAGCCAUGUGUGAAAGCACCCACGUGAUCUACCAACUGACCUGCCUACACUGUGACGCAUUGUAUGUGGGAAUGACCAGCAACAAACUGUCCAUUCACAUGAAUGGACACAGGCAGACAGUGUCUGUUGGUAAUGAGGAUCACCCUGUGGCUAAACAUGCCUUGGUGCAUGGCCAGCACAUCUUGGCACAGUGUUACACCGUCCGGGUUAUCUGGAUACUUCCCACUAACACCAACCUGUCAGAACUCCGGAGAUGGGAACUUGCCCUUCAGUAUAUCCUCUCUUCCCAUUACCCACCAGGCCUCAAUCUCCGCUAAUUUCAAGUUGCUGCCACUCAUACCUCACCUGUCAUUCAACAACAUCUUUGCCUCUGUACUUCCGCCUCGACUGACAUCUCUGCCCAAACUCUUUGCCUUUACACAUGUCUGCUUGUGUCUGUGUAUGUGCGGAUGGAUACGUGUGUAUACCUGUCCUUUUUUCCCCCUAAGGUAAGUCUUUCCGCUCCCGGGAUUGGAAUGACUCCUUACCCUCUCCCUUAAAACCCACAUCCUUUCGUCUUUCCCUCUCCUUCCCUCUUUCCUGAUGAAGCAACCGUGGGUUGCGAAAGCUUGAAUUUUGUGUGUGUGUUUUUGUUUGUUAGUGUCUCUAUCAACAUGCCAACGCUUUUGUUUAGUAAGUUACAUCAUCUUUGUUUUUAGAUAUAUUUUUCCCACGUGGAAUGUUUUCCUCUAUUAUAUGAAUAUUUCUUUAUGUAUAUGGCUACAGGAUGACCCAGAGUAUAAUAUGAACGCCCUUUUUUGAAGAACCUUCUUAAGAAUUUUCUUAUUUUCAACAAAUUCAGACUAGCAAAAUUGGAAUUGUUGUAUUGAAAUAAAAUAUCAUAUGAUUUCCCAAAGAAACUGUGGCCCAGAAAUUGGUAUAAGUUUACUACAGGUAAUCAUUUGUCUGAUUGUCACUGUCCAUAUAGCCUAGCAGAAUAUAAAUAAUGGAAGGUGUGAAGGCAACAGCUAACGUUAUAGUGUAGGUGAGACAUUGUGCUAUUUAGAAGACUGAAAAUGUUGCUAAGUUUGUGAACAUUGCCCUCCUUGCGAACUAUGACAGAAAAUAUUCUACUGCUACUGUUGCUGCUACCACCACCACCACCUCUCUCUCUCUCUCUCUCUCUCUCUCUCUCUCUCACACACACACACACACACACACACACACACACACACACAUACACACACACACACACACACAUUCA